CGUCUUGAUAAGGGUUUAAGGCCGGAAUUGGGAGAGUCGAGAGGAGCAGCGAAAGCUAGGGUUUUACCUGUGAAAUUGAGAUGGGAGAAGGAAAACAGCAAAUCAUGGCAGUUCAAAUGCACGCCCAGAAUCCAAUUGAGCAGUUUCAGGCCAAGUACAAGGAAAUUGAGGACGGAUUCAAGAACUGGCUAGCUAAGCAAUCCUUGCCUGUUGAAGCCGCCGUCGUGACCGCCACUAACUUCGCCCAAGGCGCUUUCCUGGGCGCUCUCUUGGGGAAUUUCUCCCCUGACCUAUCUAGCUCCAUGCCCUCCCCACCUCCCGGGGCCAAUUUCGAUCCCAAUGUCAUGAAUGCAUUUCAACAAGCUCAGGCACUUUCAGGUGGCCCCUGGAUUCAAGCCCGGAAUUUUGGUGUCAUGGCUGGUUCAAAUGCUGGUAUUUCUUGUGUCAUGAAAAGAUUGAGAGGCAAGGAAGAUAUUCAGACAAGUAUGACAGCUGCAUUUGGUUCUGGAGUCCUGUUUUCUUUAGUAAGUGGCGUGAGUGGCGGCCAGAAUCCAGUGGCUGGUGCUUUACAAAGUGGCGUAUUCUUUGCGCUUGUUCAAGGUGGACUUUUCAAGUUGGGACAGCAGUUUUCACAGCCACCCGCAGAAGAUAUUCAUUAUGUCAAGACUAGAUCAAUGCUAACCAGCCUUGGCCUGCAGAGGUACGAAAAAAACUUCAAGAAGGGCAUGCUGACCGAUAGCACUUUGCCUUUACUGAAUGAUAGUGCUCUUCAAGAUGUGAAGAUUCCUCCUGGACCAAGGCUUCUCAUUCUUGAUCAAAUACAGAGGGACCCGGAUCUCAAAGCAAAACAAAGAUUCAGCUAGUGAUACAUUAGCGUUAUGAGGAGUUUUGAGUUUGUAUUUUGUAAUCCAUAUGUUGUCGAAUGCUGGCACUAUUACUUAGUUUCAUAUUGCACCUUGACCUGGUUUCAUUGUUCUAAGCAAUUUUUUUUUUAUGUUGCCAA